AUGCCUCCAAGCGAGAGGUUUAUCCGGUUGUACGACUCGUUGCCUGGUGAUGCACGACGAAACCUUGUGGAGAAGCACCUCGUGCCGCUGCUGAACGCCGUCCCGCUGGACAGGAGCCGAAAGGCCAUCGCCGCGGCGUCGCGCAUGCACAAACGCUACGAGGGCAUCCCCAUUCUCAACCUCAAGCAGAAGAGGAAGGAAGUCAAUGCGCUGCUCGAUGAGCUGGAGAAGGACAUGAAGCGUUCUUUCGUCAAGGGCCGUUCGAUCAGGGAUGAGUUGCUUUCGGAGAUUGUCGACAGCCUGACGGACUGGUUGAACGAUAUAUGGAGCAUCAUCUACGAGUACAAGGUUGACUUUGAGGAGGCGCAUAGGUGCCUGGUUUACGCUGCAAGCGUGUUGGAGGACUUGUCCAGUUCUCGUGGUCUGCCUUCAGAAGGUUGUAAAUGUGCUUGGAAUAACCUCUACGUAAGCUUGAAAAUCAAGAAGCGGAACGGGCGGGUUGUGAAGUCCUUCUCUCUAUCUGGUGGACCCAGUCUUGACAGGGCGCUGCUCUGGAUCUGGCGCGACAUGUUCCUCGUCAUGCUAGCAAGUGGCAACACCCGGCUAACCUCCCAGCUGCCGGAAAUGCUGGCCGAUAUGGAACAUGUGAUGAAAUGGCGAGCUUUAGAACGGAUGUUGUGCGGAGGCCGAAUGCGCGUAUCAUGGGGCGAUGAAGAGGAUGAAGAAGAAGACGAGGAGGACAACUGGAUGCGGGAAUACGAAGAGGACGACCACGAGGAUGACCCCGACCGGUGUUCCUGUUCGUACCACGCCGAUCACUGGCCAAAGAAGCUAAACGACCACAUUGUCCCUCUGCGCAAACUCGUUCAAGACCACCUACUCUCAGUCUUCCAGGUAUCGCCGUCGCUGGGCCUCUGGGAGUGCCUUCUCGCCAUCUCCACCGACCCCAAAGCCACUCGGGCGCAGUUAGAAAAGCAACUGUCCUCCAUCGCGACGUCGUCGACGAGCACUUUCGUUGCCGCACUCGACAUCCGCUCUUUCCAGUGCAACAACGAGGCGCUCAUUUCGCUGCUGGACACGCACGCGCACCUCCUGCGGCCACGCGACGCCCCGUCGUACCAGCAGGCCGUCAUCUCCCUCUCGCACAACCCCUUCUUCCAGUACCGCGCACUGCAGAUGCUUGAGAAGGAACUGCUGGACGCGGCGCGCGCCAUCCGCGCCGCGCUCCUCGGGUACUUCUCCGAGAUCGACAAGCAGGCGAACAAGGACGAGUUUGAGGAUAUUAUGAAGCUCCGCGCCGCGUCGGACGCUAGAAGGGAGCGGCUUGAGGCGUGGGUGGACGCGAUCGUGACGCCCGGGACCCAGCCGCCCCAUCCGAUGGCGUUCGCUGCGCUUAUGAUGGGUCUUCCCUUAGGCGCUGCUAUAGCGGAUUCGGAUGAGCCGGACCCCCUUGGCUACCUCGAUAUUGAUCAGUCGGAUCCGGACCUAGAAGAUUUACGAGAGGAGUUUAGACCGCAAUUGAAAUUGCGAUUUGAGUCUUGGGUCCUCGCGGCCGGUAGUGUGAAGGGCGGAAGCACCGUCUUGUCCAGAGUCUACAAGGAUAUCUUGGGGUCGAUGCCAUACGUGAGGGCCCGCGACGCGGUUGAUGAGAUGAUUGGAAGACUGGCUGAUAGGCCCAGCAAGCAUCAUAUUUGCGACGGCGUAGAUGCGCUGGCUCGGUUUGCUAAGACGCAAAAGAAGAAGAUGGCGACAAAAGCUGACAAGCAGAAGCGAAAGGCAGAGAAGUCCGCUCCUCCUGCCGUCCCUCCUGGACCAUCCACUCCGCCCACGCCUCCCACCCCAAGUCAAUCGUCACCACCUGCCCUAGCUCCUUCCUUCAAUGGUCUUGACGACGUAGAUUGA